GAAAGAGAAAUAACGAAGAGGGGAAAGGGGAAGGGAGAAGAAGCACUGUGGAAUCGAAAAACACACAUUGCUGCAGCAAUUUCUCUCAACUUGGUGGCGUCUUCUCUAACCAACCAACCAAACGAGAGAAUAUGGAGGCAAAGCUAGAAAUCUUCUUUAUGCCGUAGGUGGGAGAGAAACAAAAAGACGAUGAACUGUGGGAGAGUGUUGAAAUCCGUACAAGCCUUGGUGGCUCACUGCUUUCUCUUCUCUUUCACGCUCGCUUUGAUGCUCAAGCUCGACCACUCCCUCUCUUACUCCUGGUGGGUUGUGUGUUUACCAUUGUGGGCUUUUCAUGCUGUUGUUGCAAGGGGAAGAUUCUCUCUUCCUGCUCCAAUCGCCCCUCGUAACCGUCAUUGGGCUCCAUGUCAUGCUAUCGUCUCAACACCGUUGCUUAUAGCUUUCGAGUUGCUUCUCUGUGUAUUCCUCGAGACUGCAUAUGCUGAUUCCCCGCCAGCUGUGAGCUUGAAGAUUGUGUUUCUCCCUUUAUUGGCAUUUGAAGUAAUAAUACUGGUGGACAAUGCCAGAAUGUGUCGGGCACUGAUGCCUGGAGAUGAAGAGAGCGUGAAUGAUGAAGCAGUAUGGGAAGCUCUUCCUCAUUUCUGGGUUGCGAUUUCCAUGGUGUUCUUUCUGGCUGCUACAGUCUUUUCCCUCCUAAAGCUGUCUGGCGAUGUAGCUGCUCUUGGCUGGUGGGAUUUAUUCAUUAAUUUCGGAAUUGCGGAGUGCUUUGCUUUUCUUGUUUGUACAAAAUGGUCUAAUCCAGUAAUUCAUAGAAGCUCACGUGAUAGAGAAACCGGGUCAUCUUCUACCAAUAUUAGAUAUCUUGACUGGAACAGUGGCCUUGGGGUUUUUUCGGAAGACGAUAGGAACCAAGAUACAACGUGUGGCCUGCAAGACUUUGGUGGUCAUAUAAUGAAAAUUCCCCUCAUUGUAUUUCAAGUGGUACUUUGCAUGCAUCUAGAGGGGACUCCUGAAGCUGCUAAGUAUAUACCUGUCCCUGUUCUGUUUUCUCCACUUUUCCUAUUGCAAGGCGUUGGUGUUCUAUUUGCUGCUUCUAAAUUAAUAGAGAAGGUUGUUCUAUUAAUGCGCGGUGAAGAUGAUGCAGGAUUAUAUUUUAGAUUUUCAUCCAGAGCCCAUGAUUGCUUGGGUUUCUUGCACCAUGGAUCCAGGCUACUAGGUUGGUGGUCAAUUGAUGAAGGAAGCCGGGAGGAGCAAGCUCGACUAUACUUUGAUCAAGACUCUGGUUACAAUACCUUCUGUGGUCAUCCUCCUGAAAUAGUCAAGAAAAUGCCGAAGAAAGAGCUUGCUGAGGAGGUGUGGAGACUUCAAGCAGCACUUGGUGAACAAACAGAAAUCACGAAAUUCAGCCAGCAGGAAUAUGAGAGACUGCAAAAUGAGAAAGUGCUGUGUAGGGUAUGUUUUGAAAGAGAAAUCAGUGUUGUACUGCUUCCAUGUAGACACCGUGUUCUCUGCAGAAACUGCUCAGACAAGUGUAAAAAAUGUCCUUUCUGCCGUAUAAACAUCGAAGAGCGGCUCCCCGUAUAUGAUGUUUAACAUCUAACUUGUCUGAUAUAUUUAAGUGUAUAUAUGUGUGUGUAGAGAGGAAGAUAUAUGAUGAUUCACAUUCCUUUUAUAACCACCUCUACAUUGCUGAGUCUUUUUAUUUGUGUGAAUCAGCAUUGAGUAUAUAUAUAGGUCAAGCAGAAGUCUAUUGUUGGAUAAGAUGUUAUGUCGGCUGAUGUGUAGAUUAUAGAUAUUAUUUACAUCUGACAUACUUCCGGGAGAUAUUGCUUGUUUGUAUCAUUUCAUAUUAAUAUCUGUUUUCUUUUUAA